AUGCCUGCCAAAGCCAGCACUCAUGAUCUCCAUGUCGCGAAGCUCUUUUCCAUCAAGGACUACGUGUGCGUGGUCACUGGAGGGGGUUCUGGAAUUGGAUUGAUGGCUGCUCAGGCACUGGCUGCAAAUGGUGCAAAGGUGUACAUUACUGGUCGUCGCCAAGAAGCGCUUGAAACGGCAGCCAAGUCACACAACCCCGAUGAAGGUGGUCAGAUAAUACCCCUCUCGCCUUGUGAUGUGACGAAGAAGGACGACCUAGAGCGGAUGUACCAGGAGCUGGCAUCCAAGGAAAAGUACAUCAACUUACUAGUGGCAUCUGCUGGAGUUUCUGGCGAAAAGGCGAUCCCAGACGCGGAGAAGGCGACGGACAUGAAGAAGAAGCUGUUUGACAAUGAGACUUUCGAAGGCUGGGCCGACACGUACACGACGGACGUGACUGCCGUGUACUUCUCUACCGUUGUUUUGCUACCACUUUUGCAGGCUGGGACCGAAAUUCACGGACACCUAUCUGCAUCGGUGAUUGUGAUUAGUUCAAUGUCGGGCAUCAUCAAGGACGCGCAGGGCCAUUUCAGCUACAACGCGGCCAAGGGCGGUACGGUGCACUUGAGCAAGCUCAUGUCGGCCGAGUUCCAGAAGCUUCGGAUUCGGGUGAACAGCAUUGCACCAGGUUACUUCCCGUCUGAGAUGACUGCAAAGGAGAGCGACGAGCAGCAGAAGAGUGACUUGCCGGACGAGAAGAUCCAGGAGAAGGGCCACGUUCCACACGGACGGGCCGGGAGCGAUGCAGAAAUGGCGCAGGCGGUCAUCUUCUUUACCAAGAACUCAUAUGUCAACGGGCAGAUUCUGGCGGUUGAUGGUGGCGUGCUCAACGUUGUUAGCUCUUGA